CCUAAUCCUAAAUCACAAUUCGUGCUCGCGUGUGGCGCGUGUGACGUUUGUUAAAUUAGUGUAACUGUUUUAUUUUUAUUGGGUGUACUUUGAAUUGGAUUUUUGUUUUUAUUUCGUCCUUAAUUUUUGUGUUAGUGAUUCAUUGUGUUGUGUUCUUGUUUGCUUCGCGUUUGUCUUUGUGUUUUCCCUAAUGUAUUGAGUAUCAUACAAGAUGCCCGUAUUUCACACGAAGAUAAUCGAAAGUAUUUUAGAGCCGGUUGCUCAACAGGUUUCCCGUCUAGUGAUCCUUCAUGAAGAGGCAGAAGAUGGAAACGCGAUGCCGGAUCUGGCACGGCCAGUGCAGGCCGUGUCACUUGCCGUCAACAAUCUCGUGAAGGUGGGCCACGAGACUAUCGAGUCGUCAGAUGACCCAAUCCUGCGUGGCGAUAUGCCUGGUGCUUUACGGCGUGUGGAAGGAGCCGCGACACUUCUCCAACAGGCCUCUGACAUGUUAAGGGCUGACCCGUAUUCGGGACCUGCCAGGAAGAAGCUGAUAGAAGGAUCUCGAGGUAUUCUUCAAGGUACAUCGGCGCUUUUGUUGUGCUUCGACGAGUCGGAAGUUAGGAAGAUCGUAAAAGAAUGCAAAAAGGUGUUAGACUAUUUAGGUGUGGCUGAAGUGAUAGAUACUAUGGAGGACCUAGUGCAGUUCCUGAGGGACAUAUCACCAGCGCUUUCGAAAGCAGCGAGAGAGGUAGCAGCCCGCGCCGCGGAACUAACGCAUCCUCCACACGCGGAAACUUUGACUCGCUGUCUGGAAAGUGUCAAAAAGUUGGCUCCAGUCCUCAUCUGCUCAAUGAAGAUAUACAUCCAUAUACUGUCUGAAGGUGGCAAGGGUAUAGAAGACGCAUCAGAGAACAGAAACUAUUUAGCAAAACGUAUGGCGGAUGAAAUUCACGAAAUAAUUAGGGUGUUGCAACUGACGUCAUACGUAGAGGACGGCGGAGAGAAGGACAAUAUCGCAGUACUGAAGGCGCUCCAAUCCAUGAUACAUAACAAAGCGGGAGCUGCGCACGAGUUUCUUAAUGAUCCCGAAGCCCUCCGUAAUACAGUGGGUGAGCGUGCAUUACGCUCCGUAUUGACAUCGGGACAACGUGCCGCUGAACAUCUCACUCCCGCCCAUGCUGAUACGCUUAGAUCUACUGUCAGGUCUGGUGGUAUCAACGCUGAUGUACUGUGUGAUGAGAGACAAUUCGGGCGAGGCAAAGAACCUAAGGCAUUAAAACUAGCCUCAGAUCUGGGCAAUCAGCUUGACGAGGUAGAAGGUGUGGUCAAUGAAGGAGUAAGAGCCGUCGAGCAACAAGGCGGAAAGACGAUACAAGCCAGAUUAGAGGCAGCUCACAAAUGGUUACUUCACCCGGCAGCCGAACCUGCUACCCGUCUUGAAGGACAGAAAGCUAUUAGCAGCAUUGUGGCUCAGGGGCAUACUAUUGCCGAUAACCUGCACGGACGAGAGAAAGCUGAAAUAAUGCAGCUCUGCUCAGAGGUGCAACAUUUGUCCGACAAGUUGUCUGAUCUGUGUAUGCGCGGACGCGGCGACUCAGACGAAGCCAGGGCUGUCACUAGGGAGUUGACGGACAAAUUGCAUGAGUUAAAACGCGGCUUGGACCGUGCUGUCGUCAAUCGAGUAGUUGAAGACUUCAUAGAUGUCGCUGCACCUCUCAGACACUUCACAGAUGCUGUUAACGCUCCAUUAGGAACCCCGGGCCGCGAGUUAAAGUUCGAAGAGAAGGCGAAUGGCUUGCAAGCGUUUAGCGGGAAGGCUGCUGCCGCUGCGGAUAUGGUGGCUGCUGGAGUACGCCAUAAUAAGAAAUUAGCUGAUAUGCUGCAUCAUAAUGCUAAAGAGGUCGAAAAACUUUCCCCGCAACUGAUUUGCGCAGGAAAAAUUCGUCUACAUUAUCCCGAAAGCAAGGUCGCAGAAGAACAUUUCAACAACUUAAAGAACCAGUACGCGGACGCAGUGUUGCGCUGCAGAGACCUUUGUGACCAGGCACUUGACCCACUGGACUUUGUAAGGACUGCGGGUGAGCUGAUGCAGAAACAUACAUAUUUAUGUGAAGACGCUAUCCGUAACAACGACUCACAGAAAAUGGUCGACAACACAUCCGCUAUCGCUAGGCUGGCGAACCGCGUACUCCUCGUGGGUGGAGCGGAGCGCGAGAACACUGAAGACAGUGAGUUCGCUCUAGCUUUGGGUGCUGCCCAGCAACGCCUACAAGCCAGCAUUCCGCCCGCCGUAAGACACGCGAAACUAGUCGCUCUUCAAGACCGAAGCGCUGUUCCCGCUUGGAGAGCUGCUAAUAAUGAGAUAAUUAAAGCGUCGAAUGGCGUAGAAGAAGCCCUAGCCCGGCAGUACGGGCCUCCACCGCCGCCACCGGCAUUGCCGGAGUCGUUCGCUGCCCUCCGCGUCAACGUGCGAGAGGCCGCGCCCCCCAGGCCUCCGCCGCCAGCCGUCUCUGCGCCACCCAGGCCUCCACCUCCAGACACCGAUGACGAGGGAGAGGAUAUCUUUGAUAGGCAGCCCCAUCCUAGUCAGCCAAUUUUGGUGGCAGCCCACAACUUGCACCGCGCUGUCCGGGAAUGGUCUUCGAAGGACAAUGAGAUCAUCGCAGCCGCGAAACGAAUGGCUAUUCUCAUGGCUCGACUCUCAGACCUCGUACGAUCAGACUCUAAGGAAGUCUUUAUGAAUUUAAGUGGUAGUAAGCGUGAACUGAUCGCCACCGCUAAAGCUAUCGCUGAGGCUUCAGAGGAGGUGACUAGACUGGCGAAGAAACUUGCCCUUGAGUGUACUGACAAGCGAAUUCGAACCAACCUGCUGCAAGUUUGCGAGCGUAUCCCAACUAUCGGCACUCAAUUGAAGAUCUUGUCCACCGUUAAGGCUACUAUGCUUGGAGCACAAGUCGGUAUGGCGGAGUAUAGAGGUAGCGAAGAAGACCAAGAGGCGACUGAGAUGUUGGUUGGAAACGCACAAAAUCUCAUGCAAAGUGUAAAGGAAACAGUGAAGGCGGCUGAAGGCGCUUCAAUAAAAAUUCGCACAGAGCAAGGCGCGUACCGACUUCGUUGGGUGCGCCGUUCGCCGUGGUACCAGAUUUAAACUAACAGAAUCGGGUAGAAAAUAUUUUUAUCUAACAAUAAUGCAUCUUAUAUUAUUUAUAAAUUAAUACUCCCACAAAUAAUCAACUAUAUACUCUAUGAUCAAAAGCAUUGUACACAAUAUUUCUCUCGGUGCUAUAUUUUUUGUGUUUAAAAAAGAAACGUGUGAUUAUGAAAUUGAAAGUGCCAUUUUAAUGUGCUUUAUAGGUGUAGGAUAGAAGCGUACCCUUAGCACGGGUAAUACGAAAAAUCUUAACAUUUUAUAGGGAAACUUCAGGACUUCGUUGGCAUAUUUUCAAAAAUAGAAAUUUCAAUAUUUGAUUUGGAAGCAAUACCAUUAUGGAUUACGUAUACGCCAAUAACUACCCUUUUCGUGUUGAAGUAUGCGAAUACUGGAUACUAUCGUAUUUCGUGCUAAGGGUACUGGUCAGUGUAAUGAACGGAUUAUAUAUAUAUAUAUUUUAUACGGAUGUAACAAUAACCAAUUUAUAAAGAAUUGUCAAAUAUCAAUAUCGCCUAAUUUAAAGAAACUUUAAAGAAUUCAUGGCGUACAUCAUAUACGUGAGACGGUGUGCGGGUAAGACGAAUCCGACGGUUCUUCAUUUUGUACCUACCCUCCUGUGUCGUAUAUCUGGUGGCUAAGACUACCGGAUUAUACGUACAUGGAAUAUAAGUUCUUCAGAUCAUUUAGUUGGUCUUGAUUCCCCGCAUAUAAAAUGGCUGAAAAGUAGUAUACUGUGUGGGUACAUAUAAAUAAUGAUUUUAUAUUGUGCAUCAUUUAGAUUGACCUACCACCUAGUAGUGUAAAAUUAGAUCGUCCAUUUUUAAUACAUUAUAUAAAUGUUGUACUCAUUUUAGUGGCGAGGUGUUCGCUGAUAUAAUUAUAUUAAACCUAAUACAAACUGAUACCACUUCGGCAUAACUUUUUUCACACCAUACUUAUAAUAUCUUGUAAAAAUAGGUUUGUGUAAUCUCUAAUACUGAGCUUUUAGUAUAUACUAUGAAUAAUCCUUUCCAAAUAAAUAAUGGCCUUAACGUAGCUAAUAUCUAUAUUAUUAGAGUUUUUAUACAUCUUAAGAAUAAUCUUUAAUUCUGUCUUUCGAAACUGAUUAUAUUUCAUAUAUACAUCAUAAUCAGCGUAUAGUGUAUCUAAUAUCUAAAUUGUAAUCUAUAUUUUUAUAACUAAAUAAAUGUAUUUUUCAUCUCAUAUAAUGUUUAAGAGUUGUGAGGAAGUAUUUAUAAGCAAUAAUUGUGACUAAGUAUUAAAUCUAAUGUAAGUUGUUAUUGAGUGUCUUGUGCGCUAACUAAAAGAAACGCGUUCUUAUACAAAAAUCCACAAUUAAUUUAUUUAAAUUGAUUUUUUUGUAUUACGAUGAAUUAAAAUAUACAUAUUUUCUUUAGCGAUUAUUAAAUACAUGUUCGGGGUCAUCACAAUACACAUUUAUAGAAACUCGGAGCAUCUUACCUGGUUCUAUUACUUCUAUUUUGCAGCAGGCCGUGAUGUGAUUUCUAUGAAAAUAAAUGCCCUAUCGCUUUAAAACUUGCCUAGAGCCCUUGGGCUCUGCUUGCUUAGAGAAUUUGCAAGAUGAACUAAGGUGGCUUAUUGUAUUGUACGUAAUAUGGAAACCAGAUUUUAACGAUUUCAUAUUUUACAAAACUAGUAUAAUCUUGUGUACACUCGACUUUUUUUAUUUGCAUACCUUUUACCUUUGUUACUUACAAUUGUUUUUUUUUUAUUUAUUGUAAUAAAGCUUCUUUUACAAUUUGUUUUUUUUUCUUUUACCUUUAAAUUUCUCUCCGAUUUGGUUUAAAAUAUAAUUUGUUUGUUUGUUCCUUAUUGCGUACCUACCGUUUUAUAUUAUAACGGUCUAUAGUCAAAAUAAAUCGGCACCAUGACAAUGUCCUAUUAGUAUGGAUCAGGAAAUGUUUUAGUUGCGAUGUAUCCAUUCAUAACAUUAGGCAAUGAAAAUGUUAGUUGCCCUUUAUAUUAUAUAUUUUUAUUUUAAACGUAUUAAUUACAAUAGAAUAAUUAAAAAUAGUGAUAAAUUGAUAUUAGUUACGCCUUGCCUAGACAGUAUUAGAAAUGCCAUAGAAACUGUGAUGCGAAAAAUAAAUUAUUCUUGUAUGUG